GCUGGAUUCCAUUUGACAGAAAUGAGAACAUGUUUGUGUGAUUUGGAUCGAGAGGUCACAUCACACUGUAGCUACCAAUUAGUUUAAUUGGCAGAUAGUAGGUUUAGAUAGCUAGCUAGCUAGCUAGCUAACGCCCCCAUUUUCAAACGGACAGUUAUUGCGACUGAAACUAAUUGAAACCUGGUUUAAUAUUUUGUUAUUUGUUUGUAAAUCCGCUGAAAAUGAAAAGACAACAGACUGUUUGGCCUGGCUGGCCCUCAUACACUUAUUUGCCUCGUGAGUAUGCGGGCGUGUUGGUGCCGUCGUUGCAGGUGGCACCUUGUUUUUACGAUAUGGUGAUAAAAAAUCCAAGUCCAAACGAAAACAGGAAGUUCUUACUGGACUGUUCUGUAUUUGAUUUGGUGGAUGGUCAUAAGUAUCUCGCCUUAACUGACCCAAAGCUGCUGGGUUGGUAUCUCUGUUUGACUCCAGAGGACAGAAAGAUCAUACAAGAUGACGGAGGGUUUCAUCAGUUCCUGCAAAGACAUCCCGCCCUACAACUGUCUCUGCAUCAUGUUUAUGUGAAGUAUAACAUUCCAAGUGUCAUACCUGCCCAGCCAACCGUGACCUCCAACAGGCCUACACAUGUCCCACAUUGUUUGAAUUCUUUUGUUUUCAGAUUUCCAACAUCCGGAGCAAUGAAGUGCAGAUCUGAAAUGCCCCAUACACAUCUAGACUUGGAGCGGCUUACCAAUGUGAGGGAGACUUUAACGCUGCUUGGCUGUAACAGCAGCGGGGAUGGAUCACAAAAACAUCUCUAUGAGAAAAUCUGCCACAGCAAAGACCUACUCCACCUGCAAGACGGCUUCCAAACAGCCUUCAGCAGCCCCUCACAGGGUUCAUCGCAUCUAUACGAACACAGGCCACCACGGCAGAGGUCCAGCAGCAGCGCAGCUGUGUGCAAGGAUCCAGCAGCCCUUGCAAACGUCUCUCUGGACAUGGAUCUGGAACGAAGCGGGCGGGGGGGAAAGCCUGAGCUCCGGAGCCCGAUCGCAAGGCCACAAGGCCAGAGUGCUAACUUCACAUGUGCUGAAGUCAGUCCAGUACAGUCAGAAUGGCAGAAAACAAUUGAGAGCGGCUCGUCUCCUGAGUACUACGGCCUUCACAGUAUUCAAAUGGAUGCUUCACAGAACAAUGAAAGAAGCAUUAUCCAGCCAGUGGAGCUCGAACAGGUCCGCUCUCCUCUGGUUGAGGAAAACACAAAGGAAGCGUGUGAGGAUCACAUGGUCUGUGGUGAUGAGUACACUGCAGAUAAUGAUGAAGCUAGCUUAAGCUUUGCAGAUCAGAGUGACAACUUCCAUAGCAUCAUGGAGAACGAUCAGAGCAUACUUUCCUGUCUGACCAGCGAAGAUGUGAAAGCACAGAACAAAGAGCUUCACUCAGAUGGUGAAGCCCAGGCAGCCUGCAGUGACACCUUGAACGCUGUCAUCAAGAUGAACACUGCAGAUAGGUGCACCUCCCCUAUGCCCUGCGUUACUACAUGUGACAGUAUGGUUGGCACUGAGCGGGCACUGUGCACGUCAGCUGUCACCCAAACUGAGGAUCCAGAAACAGCUGACAAGCAUGUCAUCACUGAAGUCCACAUGGCAGAUCUGGACUAUCUCACUGAGGAAUUUAUUAAACUCAAGAUUACUCAAGAUGAAGUGAGAGAGCAGAAAGAGAAAAGUUCGGGUUGUAAAGUGAGAAAGGAUUGUGACUGUGUCCAGCGUGCUCAGCAGGCAGAGCUGUGCCUCGUGGCCCUGCAGUACAGCAUGUGCAGACAGCACUGCUCGACUCUGUACUAUACCUCUGCUGAGGGAGGCCAGCUCACCCCAAUGCCAAAGAACCCUCCUGCAAAUGUUGUACGUGUUCUGCAAAAACUGGAAUCUGACUAUAAUCAGAUGAGGGAUAAGAUCCUGGGCGGCGUCCGUCUGCAGCAACUUAAGCCUCUAUCUGUUGAUUCUGAGAAGAUCAUCACGGGGACAAGUUACGUCCCCGCACAGAUCAUCGGUGAUGUGCUGGCAAAUGUUCCAUCUUGGAGAUCCGAGGAGCCACAGAAACAUAAUCCAUCAUCAGGGGAAGAAAAUGGAUGUCCCGAUGAUCAAAGCAGAAUCGCCUGUCAGCAGAGUCACAGUCAGGAAAAACAGAUAAAGAAGAAGAACAGCAAAGCAGGGAGAGCCCUCACUCUUGUUCCCAAGUAUAGAGACGCUAUUCGUAACUCACACAAGCCAGAAGAAAAGCAGACCACAGCUGCAUGCGAGGCUUGGUACGAUGCUGAAGAAGACCUGGAGCCUGCCGGACCUGCAGGACCUGCUGAGACGGGACAGGAGCAAACAGUGUUUGCAAAAGAUCCGAACAAUAAAUCAGCCGGUGAGGAGGUGAAAAGCUCCGUACUCUGUGUGUCCAACCUCCCCAGUGAUGUGACAGAGAGUGAUGUGAUGCUGUGGUUUGAGAAACACCAGGCCUCUGAAGUCAACGUCUGCUGUCUAGAGAAUGAUUUGAGCGUUGCCAUAGUGAUGUUAAAUGGACCCCAAUCUGCCGAGGCUGCAGUGAAGGAGCUGAAUGGCUGCAGCAUGCGAGGCCAUACUUUACAUGUGGAGCACUUCAACAGAGCCAUUGGGGAGAGCCAGGCCUCGGCCACCAUCAGCGGGCCUGAGGGCGCCAAACCACACGCCACCAAGACGGCCUCCAACAGCCCUGAAGGAAAGCUGAUAAGUCAGGCACCACUUGGCUCCAGCAUGAAGAACAGGAAGGUGGUCUGCAUCUCCCCCGCAGCAAAGGGAACCUGCGUGCCCCAACACUACGCCACCAUGGGCAGCUUCGACACCCUGAUGACGGAGCUGACGCAGCGCCACCCAGACGUUGCAAGGCAGAGGAUUGUGGAUGCUCUGAUGGAGCUGAAGGCGACGCAGCAGGGCGUCCUCAGCGGCCUGCCGCUUAGGACCAUCAGGGAGAUGACGUCCGAGCUGCUGACCAGGCCGGCGAGUGCCGCGCAGAUAUGAGGGAGCGGCGCUCCGAGUGUUCUGUUACCAGUGAUUUGUCUGAAUCAAGUUUUCGUUAAAACUCAUAUUUCAAAGAAGGGGAUCAUCCUUUUUGUUACAAUCUACUUUAGUCUGUUAUUUCCAAUCAGAUUUGUAUUGAGUGCAGUUUUUUUUUUGGAUAUUUAAAAGUUGGCAGAUUGAAAGUUUGAUGGCUUAACACAGUUCUUAUUCUGCAGUUACAUUAGUUAAAGAAAAUAGUUUCUAAGAUGGUGUUUAAGGUUGCAUACAGUUGUAUAUGCAGCAGCUUUAUGUUAUGUCGUCUGUCAAUAAAGAACACUUAUUGAAA